GACCACAGGCAGUCUGUUCCCCUCAGAGUUAACUUUUUAAUCCCGGUUUUGUCGCGUUAUCACACACAAGAGGAGGAGGCGGAGGAGGUCGGUGAGAGAAAAGAGGCAAAGAACUCAGUCAUGGUAUGAGGUUAGCGCGAGAGCCGGGAGCGUCUGACUUGCAACAGAAGCCCGUUGAUAUUUAACUGUGAGAAGAAGAAGAAGGAGAAGAAGAAGAGGAGGAGGAAGGAGAGAGGGGCAAAAAGGGAAAGGGAAGCCCGGAGACGUGAGAGGAAAGCGGGGUACAAGAUGCAGCUGGCCGCGGUGCUGUGGGGCUCCCUGGUAACUUUGCUGCUCAGCCGGAGUCCAGGAGUUCAGGGCAGCGCUGAGUGCUCGUGCGGGAGGAACCACUUCACAUGUGCGGUCAGUGCGUUCGGGGAGUGUACCUGCAUCCCGGCCCAGUGGCAGUGUGACGGAGACAACGACUGCGGGGAUCACAGCGACGAGGACGGAUGCAUGCUCCCCACCUGCUCGCCGCUGGACUUCCACUGCGACAAUGGCAAAUGUAUCCGCCGCUCCUGGGUGUGUGACGGAGACAACGACUGCGAGGACGACUCCGACGAACAGGACUGCCCUCCCAGAGAGUGCGAAGAGGACGAGUUUCACUGCCAGAAUGGCUACUGUAUUCGCAGCCUCUGGCACUGCGAUGGCGACAACGACUGUGGGGACAACAGUGACGAACAGUGUGACAUGCGGAAAUGCUCGGACAAGGAGUUCCGCUGCACAGAUGGCAGCUGUAUCGCUGAACACUGGUACUGUGAUGGAGACACGGACUGUAAGGACGGAUCAGAUGAGGAAAACUGCCCCUCAGAUGUGAUGGCAGCCACCUGCAGCGUGGAGGAGUUCCAGUGUGCAUACGGCCGCUGUAUCCUGGACAUCUACCACUGUGACGGAGACGAUGACUGCGGAGACUGGUCAGACGAGUCGGACUGCUCUUCCCACCAGCCAUGCAGAUCAGUUGAGUUCAUGUGCAGCAGCGGGAUGUGCAUCAACGCCGGCUGGAGGUGUGACGGCGAAUUCGACUGUGACGACCAGUCGGAUGAGAAGAACUGCACCACGUCCAUGUGCACGGCCGAUCAGUUCCGCUGCGGCACUGGACGCUGCGUCCGGUUGUCAUGGAGAUGCGAUGGCGAGCCUGACUGCUCCGACCGCAGUGAUGAAGAGGGCUGCGAGAAAACUGAGAGUCCCCCAUGUGCUCCUGAUCAGUUCCAGUGUGGGAACGGACGCUGUAUCGGUCAGAGGAAGGUGUGCAAUGAGGUCAACGACUGCGGAGACGGGACUGACGAACACCCACAUCAUGACUGCCGUCCGCGCUCCAGCGAGGGCAACUGUAACCAGAAUAACGGAGGCUGCUCCCAGAAGUGUCAGAUGGUCAGAGGACUGGUCCAGUGCACCUGUCACACUGGAUACCGACUGAUGGACGACGGCAAAGCCUGCCAGGAUGUGGACGAGUGUGCCGAAGAAGGCUACUGCAGCCAGGGCUGUACCAACACGGAGGGGGGGUUCCAGUGCUGGUGCGUCCAGGGCUACGAGCUCCGACCUGACAAGCGCAGCUGCAAAGCUCUGGGUCCAGAGCCGGUGCUGCUUUUUGCCAACCGCAUCGACAUCCGUCAGGUUUUGCCGCACCGCUCUGAGUACACCCUGCUGCUCAACAACCUGGAGAACGCCAUCGCCCUGGACUUCCACCACAGUCGCGAGCUGGUCUUCUGGUCCGACGUGACGCUUGACCGCAUCAUGAAGGCCAACCUCAACGGCUCCAACGUAGAGGAGGUCGUCUCCACUGGUCUGGAGAGCCCAGGUGGACUGGCCAUAGACUGGAUCCAUGACAAGUUGUACUGGACAGACUCAGGAACGUCCCGUAUCGAGGUGGCAAACCUGGACGGGACACACCGCAAGGUGCUGCUGUGGCAGAACAUGGAGAAGCCCCGAGCCAUCGCUCUGCACCCCAUCGAGGGUAAGAUCUACUGGACGGACUGGGGCAACACACCUCGCAUCGAGUACGCCAACAUGGACGGCUCCAACCGGCGGGUCAUCGCAGACACACACCUAUUCUGGCCCAACGGCCUCACCAUUGACUACGCUGGCCGCCGCAUGUACUGGGUGGACGCCAAGCACCAUGUCAUCGAGAGGGCAGACUUGGAUGGACGCAAUCGCAAGGCCGUCAUCAGCCAAGGCCUACCUCACCCGUUUGCCAUCACAGUGUUUGAGGACAGCCUAUACUGGACUGACUGGCACACCAAGAGCAUCAACAGCGCCAAUAAAUUCACCGGCAAGAACCAGGAGAUCAUUCGCAACAAGCUGCACUUCCCCAUGGACAUCCACACCCUGCACCCCCAGAGGCAGCCUGCAGGAGGCAGAAACCGCUGUGGCACCAACAACGGAGGCUGCAGCCACCUGUGUCUCCCCAGCAACAAGACGCACACCUGCGCCUGUCCCACCGGCUUCAAGAAGGUGGACCACUACAACUGUGCCAACGGUCUUGACAAGUUCCUGCUUUUUGCCCGAAGGACGGACAUCCGACGAAUCAGCUUCGACACAGAGGACAUGUCCGAUGACGUCAUCCCUCUGGCUGACGUGCGCAACGCUGUGGCACUGGACUGGGAUGACAAAGACGGCUACAUCUACUGGACAGACGUCACCACUGACUCCAUUAACAGAGCACUGUGGAAUGGCACCAAGCAGGAGGUGGUGGUGGACACCAGUCUGGAGAGCCCAGCAGGUUUGGCAAUUGACUGGGUGACCAACAAGCUCUACUGGACCGAUGCUGGUACAGAUCGUAUCGAGGUGUCUAAUGCUGAUGGCAGCAUGCGGACUGUCCUGAUCUGGGAGAACCUGGACCGACCCAGAGACAUAGUCGUUGAUCCGAUCGGAGGUUUUAUGUACUGGACAGACUGGGGUGCCAACCCAAAGAUCGAGCGUGCAGGAAUGGACGCCUCCAGCCGCAUCGUCAUCAUUUCAUCUAAUCUGACGUGGCCCAACGGACUCGCCAUUGACUACGCGACCCAACGCCUGUACUGGGCCGACGCUGGCAUGAAGACUAUUGAAUUUGGCAACUUUGAUGGUUCUGAUCGACAGGUUUUGAUUGGCAGCCAGCUGCCUCAUCCCUUUGGCCUGACUGUACAUGAGGACAAGCUGUACUGGACAGACUGGCAGUCCAAGAGCAUCCAGAGCGCUGACAAGCUCACUGGCUUAGGACGGCACACACUGGCAGAAAACCUAGAGAACCUCAUGGACAUUCACAUGUUUCACCGGCACAGAGAGACAGUGCGAAACCCGUGUGCGGUGAAUAAUGGAGGCUGCAGCCACCUCUGUCUCCUGGCUCCUGCUCCCAAAGCCUCCAGCUGUGCCUGUCCCACUGGGAUCAACCUGCAGACAGAUGGGAAGACCUGCACGCCUGGGAUGAGCAGCUUCCUGAUCUUUGCACGGAGAACGGACAUCAGGAUGGUGUCUCUGGAUAUCCCCUACUUUGCUGACGUGGUUCUGGCUGUCAACAGCUCCAUGAAAAACACUAUCGCCAUCGGGGUCGACCCCAAAGAAGGAAAAGUCUACUGGUCUGACAGCACGCUGAAGAAAAUCAGCCGGUCCAGCAUCAGCGGAAAAGAACAAGAAGACAUCAUAUCUACAGGGUUGGUGACGACUGAUGGCCUGGCGGUGGAUGCUGUUGGCAGGAAGAUCUACUGGACGGACACAGGAACCAACCGCAUUGAGGUUGCCAACCUCGACGGCUCCAUGAGGAAAGUUCUCGUCUGGCAAAGCCUGGACAGCCCUCGAGCCAUCGCCCUCUACCAUGAGAUGGGUUAUAUGUACUGGACAGACUGGGGCGAGCAUGCAAAGCUGGAGCGCUCUGCGAUGGACGGAUCAGACCGCCUGGUCCUCAUCAGCAACAACCUGGGCUGGCCCAACGGCCUGGCUAUCGACAUGGCUGGCUCACAGUUACUGUGGGCUGACGCUCACACUGAGCGCAUCGAGGCGGCCGACCUGAAUGGGCAGAAUCGCCGCACCCUCGUGACUCCAGUCCAGCACCCGUACGGUUUAACCCUGCUGGGCUCCCACAUCUACUGGACCGACUGGCAGAGUCGCAGCAUCCAGAGAGCUGACAAGAACACGGGGACCAACACCAUCACGGUGCGAGCCAACCUGCCAGGCCUGAUGGACAUCCAGGCUGUGGACAGGGAGAGGCCUCUGGGUUUCAAUAAGUGUGGCAGGAGGAACGGCGGCUGCACCCACCUGUGCCUGCCCCGUCCCAACGGCACGUCCUGCGCCUGUCCCACCGGCAUCCUGCUCAAGGGAGACGGCAGGUCAUGUGACGACUCCCCGGAGUCGUUCCUGCUGUUCUCCAACCGCGUCAGCGUGCGCAGAAUCUCCCUCGACACCAAUGACCACACAGAUGUGCAUGUACCGGUGCCCGAGCUACACAACGUCAUCUCACUGGACUACGACAGCGUGGAUGGAAAGCUUUACUACACCGAUGUCACCCUGGAUGUUAUACGGCGUGCGAACUUGGAUGGCAGCGGCAUGGAGACGGUGAUCAGCCAGGGCCUGAAGACCACAGACGGGCUGGCUGUAGACUGGGUGGCCAGGAACAUGUACUGGACCGACACCGGGCGCAACACCAUCGAGGUGGCCCGCCUGGAUGGAACGAGCCGCAAAGUCCUGGUCAACAACAGUCUGGAUGAACCCCGAGCGAUUGCAGUGUUCCCAAGCAAAGGUUUCCUGUUCUGGACUGACUGGGGUCACAUUGCAAAGAUUGAGAGAUCUCACCUGGACGGCUCGGACCGAAAGGUUCUGAUCAACACCGAUCUGGGCUGGCCCAACGGGCUCACACUGGACUACGACACACGAAGGAUCUUCUGGGUGGACGCCCACCUGGACAGGAUCGAAAGUUCGGACCUGAAUGGGAAACUGCGCCAGGUCCUCGUCAGUCCCGUGUCCCACCCGUUCGCCCUCACACAGUUGAAGCCGGUGUCCUCCCCUCUAACUCCUUUCUCCCGACUCUCGCAGCAAGACCGCUGGAUCUACUGGACGGACUGGCAGACAAAGUCCAUCCAGCGGGUGGAUAAACACACCGGCCGCAACAAGGAAACGGUGCUGGCCAACGUGGAGGGCCUCAUGGACAUCAUAGUGGUGUCACCUCACAGGCAGACAGGUACCAACCUCUGUGGGGUGAAUAAUGGCGGCUGCACUCACCUCUGCUUCGCCAAGACCAACAGUUUUGUGUGCGCCUGUCCUGAUGAGCCAGACGGGCGACCCUGCUCCACCAUUUCAGGUUACAUCCCCACCUCUCCUGCCAGAGGAACCAGCAGCACUCCGGUCCCUAACAAGAUCCCCAAAGCUCCAACAGACACCCCACACGCAGGACCCUCACCUGUCAACUGCACUGACAAGACCCUAAACAUAGAAGGCUGCUUGAACAACGUGGUGACGGCUCCUCACGGAGAAGGACUUCAUAUCAGCUAUGUGAUCGGUGGAGUUCUGACCAUCCUGGCUAUUCUGAUCCUCAUCGCUGCUUUGAUUAUUUACAGACAUAAAAAGUCAAAGUUUGCCGACCCUGGAGUGAGCAACCUGACCUACAGCAAUCCCUCAUACCGGACAUCCACACAAGAGGUCAAGAUCGAGGCGUCGCAGAAGCCUCCGAUAUACAACCAGCUUCGAUAUAAGAAAGAGGGGGGAGUGGACGGAGGCUACACCAAGGAGAAGAUCCGCAUUGUGGAGGGCGUGUGUCUCCUGUCCAAUGAGGAGCUUUACUGGGACGACCUAAAACAGAUCAAGCCGUCCCGAGGCGGCCUGCACACCUGCAUGCGCACAGACACCGUGUCCCUGCAGGCCAGCAGCGCUUCGCUAGAUGACGGCGAGACGGAGCAGCUCCUCCAGGAGGAAGCGUCCGAAUGCUCCUCCAUAACCACUCUGACCCCCUCAGCCAUCACCCCACAGCGCCACGCCCAGCACAGCCUGCCCGACACCGGCUGGGCCUCCACGCGCAAGCCCUCCACCGAGAGCGAAGUGUGAGAAAGGCCCCCCCCCCUCGCCC